CUGGGGGUUGGGCCGCAUUUACCCCUCUGUCCCACUCCCUGGGCUCACUCAAUCAGGUCCUCACCGUUAUCCUUCUUCUUCCUCAAACUAAGCCAGAACCCCUUUCAGAAAGCAACCUCCUGACAAACCCCACGACUCUGUAGAACCUGCAUGAAGUGUCCCCUCCCUGCCCCCUUCCAGUUGUGCCUGCCCCUCACACCCUACCGCACACAGAUUCUCUGUCCACCAGGCCAGGGAUGUGGGCGGGGGCUGGGGAGGGGCCAGAGUCGGAAUGAAAGAGCCUUUUUCUUCCACAGCUGGGAGAACAGCUGCCACCAAAGCAAGACUGGACACUCUGUGCCCAGAGUCCCCUCUGCAGCUGGCCUCCUCUCCGGGGACCCUGCUCAUCCUCACCUCGCUUUCCUUUCCCUCCAUGCCUGGCUCCCAUCAGGGCCCUGGAACAGCGGUAGGCAAGGAAAGUUUGUCAGCCAGAGGGGUCUAACGGGAGCGCAAGAGGGACAGGGGCUGCCUCUGCCCUCUGUCCAAGAACUGCCCACCUCUUUCAAGACCAGGGGAGCAGCGGGAGGAAUUGUGGGGCAGCGUGGUGCUUGCUCGCCCCACCCUUCUGAGGGGUCAACAAGGGAAGGGGCACCUGGGGGGCACAGAGAUGCAGGACAGAUUGCACAUCCUGGAGGACCUGAAUAUGCUCUACAUCCGGCAGAUGGCGCUCAGCCUGGAGGACACAGAGUUGCAAAGAAAGCUAGACCAUGAGAUCCGGAUGAGGGAAGGGGCCUGCAAGCUGCUGGCGGCCUGCUCCCAGCGAGAGCAGGCUCUGGAGGCCACCAAGAGCCUGCUGGUGUGCAACAGCCGCAUCCUCAGCUACAUGGGCGAGCUGCAGCGGCGCAAGGAGGCGCAGGUGCUGAGGAAGACAGGCCGGCGGCCUUCUGACAGUGGGCCGCCCGCUGAGCGCUCCCCCUGCCGCGGCCAAGUCUGCAUUUCUGAUCUCCGGAUUCCCCUCAUGUGGAAGGACACAGAAUAUUUCAAGAACAAAGGCGACCUGCACCGUUGGGCUGUGUUCUUGCUGCUGCAGAUAGGGGAACACAUUCAGGACACCGAGAUGAUCCUGGUGGACAGGACCCUCACAGACAUCUCCUUUCAGAACAACGUGCUCUUUGCCGAGGCAGGGCCAGACUUUGAACUGCGGCUGGAGCUGUAUGGGGCCUGCGUGGAAGAGGAGGGGGCCCUGGCUGGAGCCCCCAAGAGGCUUGCCACCAAACUCAGCAGCUCCCUGGGCCGCUCCUCGGGGAGGCGUGUGCGGGCAUCACUGGAGACAGCUGGGGGCUCAGGGAGCAGUCCCAUCUUGCUCCCCACCCCGGCUGUUGGUGGUCCUCGUUACCACCUCUUGGCUCAUACCACACUCACCCUGGCAGCAGUGCAAGAUGGGUUCCGCACACAUGACCUGACCCUCGCCAGUCAUGAGGAGAACCCCGCCUGGCUGCCCCUUUAUGGUAGCGUGUGUUGCCGUCUGGUGGCUCAGCCUUUCUGCAUGACUCAGCCUACUUCAAGUGGUAUCCUCAAGGUGCAGCAAGCUGGGGAGCUGCAGGACUGGGUGCGAGUGCAUGGAGUCUUGAAAGGCACAAACCUCUUCUGUUACCGGCAACCUGAAGACACAGACACUGGGGAGGAGCCGCUGUUUACUAUCGCGAUCAACAAGGAGACUCGAGUCCGGGCAGGGGAGCUGGACCAGGCAGUGGGCCGGCCCUUCACCAUGAGCAUCAGUAACCAGUAUGGGGAGGACGAGGUGACACACACCCUUCAGGCAGAGAGUCGGGGAGCCCUGCAGAGCUGGAUGGAAGCUCUGUGGCAGCUUUUCUUUGACAUGAGCCAGUGGAAGCACUGCUGUGAUGAAAUAAUGAAAAUUGAAACCCCUGCUCCUCGGAAACCACCCCAAGUACUGGCCAAGCAGGGGUCCUUGUACCAUGAGAUGGCUAUUGAGCCGCUGGAUGACAUCGCAGCGGUGACAGACAUCCUGGCCCAGCGGGAGGGCACGAGGCUGGAGACGCCCCCACCCUGGCUAGCAGUGUUUACAGACCAGCCUGCCCUGCCUGGCCCUUGCUCGCCUGCUUCAGUGGCCCCAACCCCAGCCCAGACCCAUUCCCUGCCCUGGGGGAGACCCCGAACGUUCUCCCUGGAUGCUGUCCCCCCAGACCACUCCCCUGGGGCUUCUCACUCGGUUGCCCCUCUACCCCCGAAGCGGUCCCCACAGUCCAGAGGCCUCUGCAGCAAAGGCCCACCCCACACUUGGCUCCAGUCACCAGUGUGAGACGGUGUGCUGGCAACAGGAUCUGGUCGGAAGAGGAGAUGAUCUGUGUGCAGUUGGGCUCUGGAUUCGGCGCUGUUUGUAGCAGGUU